UCCUUGCGUAUGUCACAGCUAACCCACAGCUACCGAAACCCACCGCAAACCAGCCCGAGUGUCACACUGGUACAGCCCGAGACGAGGCGCGUGUUAUCGUUGAAUCGCGUGUAACGCUGCAUUUACCUAGGGUGCCCGUAACUGUGACAAGAUUGUCUGCAAACCAGCACUUAGCAUCGCGGGUACCCGUUCGUCGGUCGGUUAGUGCCUUUCCGGGUGUGGCGUGGUGUGCGGAGUGACGGCUGGAACUCCGACCGUUCGAAUAACGGCUACCACGCCCUAACGCCAUCACGAUAAGCCGAGGGUCACCACGCUGUUAGUGGAAGUGGAUAGUUCAAAUACACCGUCGGUGUGGAGAGUGGCUGAGUGGAUCCCUCCCCCCCGUCAAAACUAAUCCCUUGCAUUGUCAAGCGUUUAAGUAAGCUUAAACGAGUUAAGCAAUUUAAAUUAAUCACACAAAAUCCCAAAUAACCUCGCAAAAUUGUGGAUACUAUCCAGAAUUACUUCCAGUGUAUAAGGACCCUAGUAAUUUACAAAAAAAUAUCUUCAGAAUCAAUAAUUUACCUAAGAGCGCCAAAGUUAAAAGUGAUGCAGGGUAUAAGUUUACCAACAACAUCAGACUACCGUCACACAUCGGAGAAACUCUAGACUCUCUAGAACUCCUGGCGUUGAUCACUAAGUGCAGUGGCCGUUAUAAGGCAAAACACGGCAAGACUUUCACGUGUGGUCACCCUCACCGUAACUCAAUUUCAUCAAUCAAACGAGAUGAUGACCACGGAAAGAAUCUGAUCUUGUUCCUUGAGCCAACCACGAUGGUGAUCCUGUUGCAGGUGCUUCGCUGGAUUCCUACUUGCAUAAUUCUUGUGGUAGUGCAAGAAUGGCACCGGACACUGGCGCUGCGAUUGACAAACAUGAACGUGCCGGAAGUGGUCGACUAUCGUGAUACGGUAACGCUAUCCUGCAGCUAUGAUCUGGGUGCUCACCAAUUAAACUCCGUUAAAUGGUACAAAGGCAAUAAGGAGUUUUACAGGUACGCUCCAAUGCUUUUUCCGAAAGUCACAACCUACCCCGUGGAAGGCAUCGUCGUCGCCACUGACCGGCCAACAAUCUGCAAUCAGUAUCUCUGCUCGAUCCGGCUAACCGAGCUGCAGCGCCGCACGAGCGGAGAGUAUCGGUGCGAAAUUUCGGGUGACGCACCCGAAUUCAAGCUCGCAAACGGGACGCGCAACAUGACGGUGGAGGUGCUGCCCCAGGACGACCCUACCAUUACCGGGCUCAGUGCCAGCUACCUGCCGAACGAGCACAUUGCCGCCAACUGUACAUCCGAUCGGUCCACGCUCGCCACCCGGUUGCUGUGGUUCAUCAAUGGCCGCACGGUUCCGAUGGAAUACCUACAGCAGCAGCAGGAAACAACGCUCGAGAGCGAUGGGUUUCACCUGCGUUACCGCACGCUGGAGAUGCGUGUACCAGUAGAUAGGCUUGUGCAGCGUGAGCUAGACAACGUUAUCCAUAUCAAGUGCAUGGCGUCGGUGGAUGCGGCACCGUCGGUCGGGCGCGAGGCGAAGGCGGUGGUGGCGUUGCGCAGCCAUCGGUCGUCUUUGUUUGGGUUCGGUGGGCAUAACCGAGCAACGGGCCGGAGCAGUAUCGUCCCGGGACUCGAUCUUAAAUCCAAUCUGGCAGCCGCUCAAUCUCUUCUGCUCCUGUCCUCGAUCGCUCUCGCGGGCAUGCGAUGGUACAGUGAGCAGGAUCUACGCUUCCUUCUAGACAACCGACCCUGAAGACCCAUCCAUCGAGCUUCGGUUUCAGCUAUGCAGCAGUAGCAAUUAUACGACAAUUGAAACACUUAUCGCUCCCGCACACGCUCUACUAUUACAGCUGGUGUUAGAAGCGGAACAGCCAGCCAACAUUUAUGCCAACCAGUUAUCAGGCCAGAGGUAACAUCAGAUAAAGUUCCAGAUGAUUAAACACAAACAGAGUUUAAGUACAGGCUACAAGGUACUACUCUUACCAUAUGUCGAUAUAUGUCCCUGUCCCUCACAAACAGCAACCAAGCUUCUAUGGCUAGCCUAACGUUCAUACUUACUGUGAACAGAUUGAUGAAGAUCUGUAUAUAAUGGUUCUUGUACGAUUUUACGAAACACACACACACACACAUCAUCAAACCAAUCCUCACGACUCUUUCAUAAGCAACUCACGCUACGAUUAUGGAUUGAACUUAGUAGGCACAAAACGGGGCGAAUCGAGAGCCGUCAUCAGGCGCAACAAUUGGCAAGCAUUGGCAAGCAAAUUUGCGUCAGCAUUUUUACCAUCCUAGUUGCAUGUUUCACGAACACACGCAUAAGGAAAAUAUAAAAUCGGUGUUCUAUACUUCGAUCGAUCAAAACACACAGCUGUUACGUAAAGUUCGGGCGGCUCAAACUCAAAACCAAUAUUAUGUACAGAUACCAUCUUCUUUUUUUUCAUUUUCUUGAGAACAUGGCAGGAGGGGAAAGCUGUAUUAAUUAACAUGUGCAGCCGUAUCUGAUGAUGAUUCAGUGACAGCUACAUUGGGGUAGCCAAACAACAAGCAAAAAGCCGCGAGUGGUAAAUGGAACGAAGACAUGCAAGAAAAAUAAACUAAGUGUAGAAUAAGGAUUUGUAAAUAUUGAAGUUUACCGUCGGGAGGAAAUUAAUAAACAACGUAACUCAACACUCAACCGGCCCCUUACAAAGGGAAUAAAGCACACCAACACACAGAGAGAGAAAAAUGAGAAAAAACAAGAAAACAAAGUUGAUCAAAUAAAACGAAAAAAGAGGAACACACACACAGCAAUGAGCAGCGCUAGAUCGGCAGUGAAAAGUAAAACAAGAAAGUAACCGACAAACUUUUCAAAGGCAAAAGAUAAAGCAAAUACAUAUUACCAUGCACACUCACACACACUUUCAGACAUACUCUACAUACACACAGAAACAUUCACGCACGCACACACAAACACGAUUGUAUCGAAAACUGAGUGUAAAAAAAACACAUUGGCGCAGUUGAAAACGAGCGAAACAUUUUGCCCAUCCCAAACCAGUUCGGCGAGCGUAAAUGGGAAAUAAAAUAAACUGAAGACACGGAUGUGUCCAAAAUCGUUUAAUUGUA